UGUAUCACACAUGUUUACUUUCUAUCUGAAAAGAGAGGGCUCUGGUCAACCAAUAUUUGCAGACAGAAAGAUUUUUCAGCUUCGUCCUGUUUGACUUCAAGAAGACACUCAAAGCUGGACAAUGGAGUUACAUGCAAGAAUUUUCUGUCUUCUUUUGUGUUUUAAGACAUAUGGGUCUUCAAACGCUGCAGGUUGUGCUGUGCUCCCGAAAGAAGAAAAUGCAGAAAUGUCUCCUGGAUUUCUGAAAGGCAACUACUCUGCUGGUGACAAACUAGAAUACAGCUGCAAACUUGGCUAUGCCUCUCUGCGAAAAAUCACCUACAUAUGUGAUGGAAACAGAUGGAAUAAACUGCGUGAGACAGAAUGUACACUCAAACGCUGUGAGCUGCCUGCAGACAUUCCAAACGGCCAAUACAGUAUUGUGAACGGUAACAACUUUGUUUUAGGAACAACCAUCAAGUAUACCUGCAGAGAUGGCUUCCAGAUAUCAACUCGUUAUGACAGCAGAACAUGUCGCAUUGGAGGAUGGGACAACCAAUUACCUGUGUGUGAAGAAACAACAUGUGUUCCAGACCACAUAGGGGACAACAUCAAGGUGGAGGGACUCCCUGAUUAUGGGGAUUUAAUUAAAUAUGGACACCGGUUGAAAUUUUCAUGUGAUGAUGAAAAGCAGCUCAUUUUAAGGGGAGUGAAAGAAGUUAUAUGCCAGUCAAAUGGCGAAUGGAGCAGCCCGUUUCCUAAAUGUGAAGAGGUAACAUGUAUUAAAAAUGUAACAGAGGACAACAUCAUCAUGGAGCGAAUCCCUGAUCAAGAGGGUUCUAUUAAAUAUGGGCACAUGUUAAAAUUUUCAUGUAAAGGACAAGGGCUGAUUUUAAAAGGAAAAAGAAACAUCACCUGCCAGGCAAACGGAGAAUGGAGCGACCCAUAUCCUAAAUGUGAAGAAGUGACCUGUCCGGAGGAAGAACUCAAUAAUGUUCAGAUUUUAGUUGGACAUCCAGGUAUCACUCCACCGUACAAAUCUGGACAAAUCUUAGUUUUUCGAUGCACAGAUGUGAAUAUGAAGAUGUACGGUCAACAAACAAUUGAAUGCCAGUCAAAUGGAAAGUGGGAUAACCCAUAUCCACAAUGUGGAGAAGUGACCUGUCCGGAGGAAGAACUCAAUAAUGUUCAGAUUUUAGCUGGACAUCCAGGUAUCUCUCCACCAUAUAAAUCUGGACAAAUUUUAGUUUUUCGAUGCAUGGAUUUGAAUAUAAAGAUGUACGGUCAGCAAACAAUUGAAUGCCAGGCAAAUGGAAAAUGGAAUAACCCAUACCCACAAUGUGGAGCAACAUGUGUUCCAAACAUCCCAAGGGAUAUUUUCAAAGUGGAGGGACUCCCACCUCCUGGAGUUUUAAUCAGACCUGGACACAUUUUAAAACUUUCAUGUGCAAGACAAGGGCUGUUUAUACCAGGAAACGCCGAAAUCACCUGCCAGUCAGAUGGAAAAUGGAGCCCACUUCCCAUAUGUGUAGAGAGAUCUCAUUGUGAGGAACCACCAAGCAUGAACCAUGAGAAUGCAGAUACAAAAGUAAUUACAAGAAAAGAGUACAAUUCAGGGGAGAAAGUUGAAUAUGUGUGCUUUAAUAAAUACGUAAUGGAGGGUGACCGCCAUUUGACCUGUGUGCAAGGCGAAUGGAGAGGACAUUUUACGUGUUUAAAGCCCUGUACAGUGACGGUAGAUGAAAUGGACAAAAAGAAUAUUGAACUGAUGGUGGGUGGAAGGGAAAAAACAUUCUCACCACACAAGGAUUAUAUCACCUUUGUGUGUCAGCGGCACAAACGUCCAAAAGGCUACACUUCCUUUAGACAAAUGUGUCAGAAUGGUGUGAUGCUUUUACCUGAGUGUGUGUAACAGCAGAAAUAAUACAUUGUUGAAGCUUCAGUUACACCAUCACCAUGCCUCAACAAAUUGAGCAAGUCAAAAUAAAGCAUUUUCCCCCACUUCA